AUGUCUUCAACUCUCCGAAUCGGCCUCAAAGAUGUGGCGAAUCAAUCAUUGAAUUCGGAUCGGAAAACUUCAUUGAACAAGACUCCAUCGAUUUUCUUGUCAAAAGAAUUGAAAGCAGCGAUAAAUGUCACGAAAGGAACUGAAACGAAACAGUUUAAUAGCAAGACGUAUGAAUCUUCUUGUCAAACUGAAAUUUCAAGUCUUGUCGAUUUGGGACCCGUGACUUCGGCAGACCUCACAGAAGAUGAGCCAAGCGAUGCCUAUUGGAAAGCUCAUUGCGAUUCUUUAGAAGAACAAUUAGACAAAGAACUCGAUCUAUCAUUGACGCUCUCCGGACAACUAUUCGAUAAAACAAGUGAAUUGAUGGAACUGGAAGAAAAUCUCAAUUUGUUGGAGGAAGCACUGGAAGAAGCCUCAGCGAGCGAAUCGCUC